AUGGCUCUGAACCUUGAGAAGCAACUCCUCUUCUAUGGUGCUUAUCACAACAACCCGGUGAACGUCGCCAUCCACAUCACUUGCGUGCCGAUACUCUUGUUUACUGGUAUAGCCUUGGCUUCAAAUUCGCCGCCCCUGUUCAGUCUUCCUGAUGUCCUGAGUUUCGAAUACCUUCCAGCCAAUCUCGGCACAAUUGGCGCCUUUUUUUAUGCCACCUUCUACGUCCUUCUCGAGCCCGUGGCCGGAGGACUUGUUGCACCACUCUUGAUCGCCGGCGCAGCGUACGCAAACUAUCUCCUGAGCACCUACGGAACGACUGUCAACUACUGGGCUGGCGGUAUCCACGUUGUCUCGUGGCUCGCGCAGUUCAUCGGUCAUGGUAUCUUCGAAGGCAGAGCACCGGCGUUGCUAGACAACCUCGUCCAGGCCUUGCUUCUCGCCCCUCUCUUUGUCUGGAUGGAGAUCCUCUUCUUCCUUGGAUAUCGCCCGGAAUUGAGGGCUAGAUACGAGGCGAGCGUGAAGAAAGAGAUCACUGCCUUCAAGAACAAGAAGAACGGCGCCGCGAAGUAA